AUGAUGGGAACCCAGCAGAGCUUUGGGGACUUUGCAAACGGUUUGUCGUUUUACGGAGGCACCCAGCAACAGGACAAGAAGGGUUAUUCGAUGGUCUCUCUAGAUGGCGCCCCAGUGCUCAGCGGAACGCAGGGUAAACCACCAGUCCCCGGCUUUCUUGGCAACAUUCUGGGUUCCAAUGUUGGCAGUGCCGUCCCUUCAGCUAUAAAAGCAGGUUCUGGAGUUUGGGGGACUCCAGAGGGCCUUCCAGGAGGGUCGAUGAAGUCUCCAGCUCGUCUACCAGAACAGAACGGCCUACUGCAGACUGGUUUUUCUGCCGUGAAGGAUGGAGCUUCACGCAUGCUUGAUGGCGCGAGCUCAAUGGUCACCGCCACCCGAGCUACACUUGCUGAUAAUCCGCUGUCUUCUCGGAACAUGCUCAUGUUCGGUGUUGUAGCCGCAGUGGGAGUGUUGUUUAUGUUUCUCGCCUUCCUCACUCUCCCACUCCUCGUGUUCGCGCCGUCAAAGUUUUCCCUUCUCUUUACCAUGGGCUCCCUUUGUUUCCUCUCUGCUCUGGCCUUCUUGAGGGGUGUUGGAGCGCUCUUUCGGCAUCUCAUUGAGCCGUCUAGGCUACCCUUUACCGCGGUGUACUUCUCCUCUCUUUUCCUGACUCUCUACGCCACUUUGAUGGCCAAGUCCUACGUGCUUACUCUCGUUUUUUCGCUAUCACAGCUCUGCGGCUUGGCUUCUUUCCUUGUGUCUUACAUUCCGGGCGGCACGCACAUGCUCAAGUUCUUAGGACAAGCCGCAUGGCAGCUGCUGCGAAAGGCGUUCAAGUGCGGGGAGUCGCGCGAUCUCCCGCUUCCAAUGUAG